AUGGAGCGCGCCGGGGACGAUCCGGACUCGCCACCGCAGGUCAGUGGCCCCACCGCCGCGUACAGAGCCCCUUUAUGCGUCCUCAUCGGCAGCCGCGCCAUGUCCUCCGGGCGCCUGUGCGCGCGCCCUUGUGCAUGCACGGGGCUUGUGGCCGCCCCGCAGGACAGCACGGACGCGUCCAGGAUGAGCGCAGCGUCCCUGAGUGCCCCUGGCGAGUGCUGCCCCGGGCUCAGCCCUGCACCCGCAGGCGCGGAGAGCGUGGGCUGUGGGACGCGCACCCUCUGCAUCCACACUGGGGCUGUGGGGCAUGUGGACGACCUUCUGCCCGAAGACGGAGACGUCAGUCAAGCCACUGGUGCUGCUGGUUUGUGCCAUUCAGAUUCCCGCAGUGCAGGGGACCACGCUCAUCAGACCCUGUCUCCACUCUCUACUGAGUCAGAAUCCAAACCCGAUCCCAAGGCUAUUUCUGAAUAA